AUGGGGUUGAUAUGGGAGCAAGCAAGGGCACCGUUGGUGGUUCCAAUGCUGAAGUUGGUGGUGGCAUUGUGCUUGAUCAUGUCGCUCAUGCUUUUUGUGGAGAGGGUGUAUAUGGGAAUAGUCAUAGUCUUUGUCAAGUUGUUUAAGACCCAGAAACGUUACAAAUGGGACCCUCUCAACCAUAAUUCUGAUAUUGAGCUUGCUAACUCUUCAUACCCUAUGGUUCUCGUCCAAAUCCCAAUGUACAAUGAGAAAGAGGUGUAUCAAUUGUCAAUUGGAGCUGCAUGUGGGCUAUCAUGGCCCUCCGAUAGAAUUAUUAUUCAAGUUCUUGAUGAUUCAACAGACCCUGUCAUUAAGAAUAUGGUGGAAGUGGAAUGCCAAAGAUGGGGAAGCAAAGGCAUAAACAUAAAGUAUGAGAUCAGGAAGAACAGGAAUGGCUACAAAGCAGGAGCACUCAAGGAAGGCAUGAAGCACACCUACGUCGCCCUCUGCGACUACGUCGCCAUUUUCGACGCCGAUUUCCAGCCUGACCCCGACUUUCUCUGCCGCACCAUCCCCUUCCUCGCUCACAACCCCGACGUUGCGCUCGUCCAAGCUCGCUGGCAAUUCGUUAAUGCUGAUGAAUGCUUAAUGACAAGGAUGCAAGAGAUGUCAUUGGACUAUCAUUUCCUUGUAGAGCAAGAAGUUGGAUCCUCAACCCAUGCUUUCUUUGGAUUCAAUGGCACUGCUGGUGUUUGGAGGAUUUCAGCACUAAAUGAAGCUGGUGGAUGGAAGGACCGUACAACUGUGGAAGACAUGGAUCUAGCUGUAAGAGCUGGUCUCAAAGGAUGGAAAUUUGUUUAUCUUAGUCAAAUCAAGGUGAAAAAUGAAUUACCAAGUACUUUCAAAGCCUACCGUUAUCAGCAGCAUCGUUGGUCAUGUGGCCCAGCUAAUCUCUUCAAGAAAAUGGCAAUGGAAAUAAUAAGAAACAAGAAAGUGUCUCUGUGGAAGAAGUUUUACUUGAUUUAUAGUUUUUUCUUUGUCCGAAAGAUUGUUGCCCAUGUUGUCACAUUUGUAUUCUACUGCGUGGUUUUGCCAGCAACUGUUUUUGUCCCAGAAGUGCAAGUUCCCAAGUGGGGUGCUGUUUAUAUUCCUUCUAUCAUAACACUUCUCAAUGCUGUUGGAACUCCAAGGUCACUCCACUUAUUAGUAUUUUGGAUACUUUUUGAAAAUGUUAUGUCAAUGCAUAGGACCAAGGCAACAUUCAUCGGUUUGCUAGAGGCAGGAAGAGUGAAUGAAUGGGUAGUUACUGAGAAAUUAGGAGAUGCUCUUAAAAUGCAAUCAAGUGGUAAAGCACUUAAGAAACCUCGCAUCAGGAUUGCUGGAAGACUUCAUUUCUGGGAACUUCUUGUGGGGGCCUACCUCUUUUUCUGUGGAUGCUAUGAUCUCACGUUUGGGAAGAACCACUACUUCAUAUAUCUUUUCCUGCAAUCUAUUGCCUUCUUCAUUGUGGGGAUCGGCUAUGUUGGCAUCUUUGUGCCCAAUUCUUGA